CUGUGUCUGUUGACCUAGUGAUUGCUUGAAGAAUCUCUCUGGAGUUAGAAAAUCUCUCACAAUUCAACUGACGUCUAUAUCACUUUUUAUCUAACAUUAUAUUGUAGUCAUUUGCCAUCUUAUUAAGCAUUGUUGUAAAUAUUGCUUUUAAUGCCUAUAUAAUAUUUUAUCUUACAGGUGUAUGACAAUUUAUUUAACCGUUCCCCCCUUCUUGGGAUGUUUAGAGUGUUUCCUCAUUAUUUUUUAUUAUAAAUAACACUUACGAACAUCUGCACAUAUAAAUCUUUUACCAAAAAUAAAAUUGUUUCCCUAGGGUUCACGUAAAAGAAUGGAGCGAGGUUUGAAGUUGUUGAACUCGAUGGUUCCUUCUUCUCCUUUCCAGGCACCCUGCAUUCAAAUGACUUGGAAGAGCAGGUUCUCUGAGCCAGGAUACUAAAGUCCCUGUUUAGGAAAGAGCCACGUUGUAUGCUUACCCUACCACAAAGAUACAGAGAAAUGUCCUUGCACUGUGGCCACAGCAUGUGUAUCUUUCUACAUCUGCCCUCAAAUUCCCAGCAACAUGAUUGUGCUCUGAGUGGAAGCCUCUUGGUGUUCUAUGUUGCCUUCGCCCGUAAUUCUGGAGGAAAGCGACUCUGGGAACGGGUCAGUGGCUCAGUGAUGUUGGGACCACCAAGUCUGCAAUUCUCCCGACCUGUUCUUCACGAUUGUAAGAUGGCUGCUGCAAUUUCAGGCAUCGUGUCCAUGUUAAUGUCAGGAGGAAGAGAGGAAGAGGGAGCGCUGGGAUGUUGCGUUCAUUUGCUUUGGAAAAGCAAAGCCUUUCCAGACAGCCCCGAAACCUGCUUACCUCUCAUUGGCCGGCAUCAUCACUUGACCACUUGUCCACUCCUAGCUGCAAGGAAAGUGGCAAAGUAGAAGGUAUUUGAGAACGUCUGCUGGGUUAGCCAAAACAAUAGUGACUCCUACACCCAGUUUUCUGGGCACUGCUUAAGUAUCUUUGAUUCCUAUGUGACCAGAGGGAGAGCAAACCUCAAUAAUGAAAGAGAUUCAAUUUCCAUCACCCAGUGAGACACCAUGAGAUUAGAAUAAAUUUUUAAAGAAAACAAAUUGAAAAAAAAAUAUGCCUUUUUGAAACAGCAAAAUCAGAAAAGAUGAAAGGUGAUAUUUCCAGCGUAUCAGUUUGUGGUGGUAAAUUGAUUACCUUAUACACAGGCCUCGGUGACUUUCUUCUCCUUACCUAAUGAGUCAUCUUUAAGUAAAGUAAAGAAGCAAGAGCAGUAACAGAUGCUUCCUAACAAGAAGUUACCAAAUCUGUUCACCACAAACCUGAGAAUUCAGCUGUGGACAUUUGGACACUGGCAAUGGACAUGAAACUCAGCUUAUGAGGCACAUUUGGCUAAAGGUCAAGGUGACUCAAAGUUCAUCAUAGGACCUCUAUAAUUUGCAAAGCAGGUGGCUGGAUAGGGACUCCUUCCAAGUCUCAUUUGAUUGGAUAAUGCCUAUGUUUUAAGUAUCAGAAGUGAGUCUUUCUCUGUUAAAUGAAGUCAGUUCCACUAAAACCCUAAUCUUGUUUGGCAGGCACUCCAUAUUUCUUAAUUUGUAUUCCAUGCUGUAUAUUCUUUUAGACUUGAUUUUCACUUUUUUUUCCCUUUUUUCCUGUAAGUUUAUCUUUGUUGUGAAACAAAGUGCCCUGGUUAGAAGGACAGGUUUGUGGGCUGCUGGUGGUGGGACAAUAGCAGUCCUUCCAAGUCUUCCUCCCAUCGCUCUGUUAGCUCUCUCUUUGUUUUUAAUUAGCAUUACACCAGUUAAUUCUGUUGUCUCUUAACCCUGGUUCUGUACCCCCUUCCUCUUUUCUUUUCCUUACUCCGCUCCUGUUUUCUCUUGUACUGCUUUUCCAAGAAAUGUAUUGUCUCCUCAUCAGUUGACUGUCUUCUCUUUCCAGAGGGACCAUAAAGGUGCCGGCCUAAGGAACCCAUAGAACGUGGGAACAGACAAACAAGCUGCUGCCUAUUACAGAGAUAGAUAAUUAAGUUCAGACCAUUACAUGCAAUUCAUCAGCUUGUCUUUUUCAGACUUUAUGUAAGAAGUCAUUUCCCAAUGGUCACCACUUGCCAGCUGCAACUUUGAUGCAUAUUAUGAAGAUAGAUUAGAUUGAUGGGGGCCCUUUCAACUCUUCCCAGGGAAUUAUCUUUAUAAUGCUAUGGUUUUCUCUAUAGCAUGAUCAUAUUGUUAAUACUGGUUACAAGGUCAUAUGGUUAGUAUUGGUGGCUCACAGGUGUAAUACCAGCACUUUGGGAGGCUGAGGUGGGAGGAUCACUUGAGCCCAGGUGUUCAAAACCAGUCCUGGAAACAUAGCAAGACCUUAUCGCUACAAAAAAAUAUUAAAUAAAUAAAAAGAU